CUCCUCUUCUUCCUCCCCCCCCCCCGGUCGACGAUCCAUACAAGGCAGAGCACAUACCUACCACCACAUACAGAUAUCCUGCACACACCAAGUCCAAGCGUUAAAGGCCUUGUUCUUAAUUUAUUUUUAUUAUUAUAGGUGCACCUGCAUCAUUGGCCUUGAACUGCUUCGUCUACGGCGGGUACGAGAAUUUGACCGUCUCCUCUUGCCUGCAGCUGCUUAUCAACCGUCCAACACUCUCACUUUCCGUCUUCUCCUCUCCUCUCCUCUCUCUCUCUCUCUCCUCAUUUCCCCUCUCGUUUCUCUUUUCCCCGUCUUAUCUUCUCUUUCUUAUCUUUUAUCUCUCUCUUACAAUCUCUCCUCUCUCGGUCCUUUCUUCCAAUCGGCUUAUAUUUAAAAAAAGCCAUGUCUGGCAUGGACCAUGGCGGAGGACAUGGGGAUGUGCGACCGAAUCAAUCCGCUGGCUUGGCUGGCUUAGAUACCUCGGACGUUGACCGUUUCUCGACUUCCUCCACCAACUUCUACGAUGAUUUCCCUUAUGGCCUUCCUCCCUUCAGUCCCCGAGACUCUUCCCACCAUGGGGAUUUACUCAAAGACUCCCUCUUUCCUGAAUGGGGGAGUGGCACCAUACGACCUGAUCCGGAGGGCCCCGACGAGAUGCAGAAGAAGGACCCCCUAGCCACUCAGAUUUGGAGGUUAUAUUCGAGAACAAAGGCCCAGCUGCCCAACCAGGAGCGCAUGGAGAAUCUCACUUGGCGGAUGAUGACCAUGAAUCUCAAACGCAAGGAGCGUGAACAACGCCAAUCUACCGGUAGUGGCAUCGCCCAACUGCGCCAUUCCAACCGAACCUACACCGCUCCCAGCACUUCGGCCACGACCACCACCACCGCCCCCACCGAGGACACCUCCGAUCCCAUGAAUCUCGAUGAUUUCAUCGUCCCCUUCGAGUCCCCUGUGGAACCCUCGUUAUCACCCCCCGAGGGUGACAAGUCCCACGCAUCAGCCAUCCCUAUCAAGCAUCGCAGUCAUCCCGACUCCGAGGAGCCCGUCCCCGCCUCGUUUCCCCAUCCGCCCCAAGAACAGCGCAGGAAUAAUGAAUUUGGCUAUGUCCAACGUCGGGUGCGGAAGACUAGCAUUGACGACCGUCAGUUCUUGGCCAGUUUCCAGGUUCCUACUCGCAAGCGACCGGCUGAAUCGUCGCCAUUGGUACCGCCCAUUUCGAACAGCAUGCUGGCCCACGAUCCCGAUCUGUCGUCCGGUGUUCCCGAUUAUUCCUUGGAUGCGUCGUCGUCGGCAUUUGGCCUUCACCAUCCCAACAAUGGUAACCGUCACCAUAACAACAGAAACAACCAUAACCACAACAACAAUCCCCAUGCGUCUCUCCCGUUUGGCCUGGAUACUUUUGGCUUGGAUGAUCCGAUCUUGAACUCUGCCGGUCCAUACCAGUCUCAUUUCACCUUCUCCCCCCACGACUCUCCGAUGACGUCGGGUAACCCGUUCGCCAACCUCUACGCUCACACGCCCUUGGCCUCCUCGCUCAACUCCACCGAACUCUUCUCUCCACCCCCGUCCGGGUAUCAGUCGACUGUGUCCACUCCGCAGGCCUUGUAUGAAAACGAGCAGUCGAUGUAUUUCGACUUGCCCACGGCCGAUUCCCGCACGCAGCGUCGUGUUCCCAAUUACCUCGCCCAGCGAUCGUCGAACCUGUCCGCCUCGCUGCAUCCCCGGUAUAUGUACAAUGGGAACCGCGAUUCCCGCCAGCAGCAACAGCAACAACAACAACAACAACAACAACAACAACAUAGCAUGGGACAGGUUGGUGGAUUGUCGUCUGGCUUCCGGACCCAGCAACAUAUCAACCCUUCGCACGUGCUGGGGACAACGGACUACCCCAACACCAACAACUCCAACUCGGGAAUGUUCCCCUUUGGCGGGGAAUCGGACAAUGAGGACGAUGCACACGCUUUCUCCGAGCACGGCGGGUUGGCCAUGCCGGCUGACUCGAUGGACGAGCAAGAUGAAGAUGACGACGGAGAUUCCGCCAUGAACUGGGAGGCGCAGAUCCCGGACUCCUUCCAUUCGAUGCCCGGAUUUGGUCAGCACCGCAGGCACAUCACGAUCGGAUCGCCCGACAUGAUGGACUCGAAUGACUGGAACAGUCUGAAUCGCACACAUGGAUCUGCGGCGUCGGUCAGUGAGGUGCGGAACCGUGAACAGGAUCCCCGACGUCAGAAGAUUGCCCGCACGGCAUCCACUCCCAACGCUACUCAGCUGCUGCGCCAGAGUAUGCAGAACAACAAUACGCAGCAGCCCUCUCCCAACACGCCGCCCGAGUCGGGUCUCAACAGUGCUGCCCCAUCGCGACCGGCCAGCCCCAAGAAUGGCGAACAGGGCAGCACUGGCCCUACGACGUGUACCAACUGCUUUACCCAGACGACUCCUUUGUGGCGGCGUAACCCGGAGGGUCAGCCUCUCUGCAAUGCCUGUGGCUUGUUCCUGAAGCUGCACGGUGUGGUCCGGCCGUUGUCGCUCAAGACUGACGUUAUCAAGAAGCGCAACCGCAGCAGUGCCAACACUCUGGCGGUGGGCACCUCGCGUUCGAAGAAGUCUUCGCGCAAGAAUUCGGUGCAGCAGGCGUCUAUGGCAGCAGCCACCGCGAGUCGUCCGCAGACAGCCACGACGACUAUUUCGGAGUCUCCCCCGGCCAUCCAGGGAAACAACACCCCGGCAAGUCGGAGUACCAAUGCGAUGGCCAAAUCCGGCGUCGUGCCCAUUGCGGCUGCACCACCAAAGGCAGCCUCGGCCUCGACCUCGACCUCGACCUCGACCUCUGGAUCAGGAAUUGGACAAGCACGAAGCGCCGUGCAAGUGGCACCGAAGCGUCAACGACGGCUGGAAAAGGCCACUGACGUGGAGGCCACAGAAGACAAGUCCACCGCCGCGAAUCGGUCCAAGGUGAUACCAUUGGCCCCUGCCAUGCCACCUGCAGCGGCCAACCCGGCAAACCAUAGCAUUGCUGGUGGACAGGGAGCAAGUCAAGAAUGGGAGUGGUUGACCAUGAGUUUGUAAGCAGAGAUGCUGCAUCUCUUUCCUUAUUCGUUUUUCUCCAUUUCCUUUCAUUCUUCAUACCAAUCACGAUAGACACGACCUAUGCCGAUUCUGGGACGGACUUUUGACAAUUUGAGCACGGUGUUGGGUGCACAACUGCGCUGCUACGAUAUGGAUUAAAACUGGUCAGGUUUCCUAUUAUUAAAAUGCUAUAGUUUAUGGGAUAGCGAUCAGUCGGCCGCCACCUGAUCCAGGAUGUGUCCAUGUCUGGUGGUUAAUGAUAUACGGUCAGGCUGUUAGAACGGUUGCUAGGUGUUUUGCGUUUGAGCUUGUGUGGUUGUGUGGUUCUGUUUUUUUUUUUUUUUUUUUUUUCUUUUUUUUUUUUUUUUUUUUUUUUU